AUGCAGCAACCUCAGCAACAACAGGAACCUGAGAUCUAUGAUCUCUUCGGCAUUGGCUUUGGUCCGGCCAAUGUCGCUCUGGCCAUCUCAUUGAGCGAGUCAGAGGAGGCGCAGAAGAGGGGACUGAAGUUUGGCUUCAUGGAGCGACGUCCCAGCUUUGCUUGGCACCCCGUUCUUCUGCUCCCCGGCGCCCAGCUGCAAGUCUCCCCUCUGAAAGACCUUGCCACCAUGCGCGACCCGACUUCAACAUUCACCUUCGUCAACUACCUCCACAAGAUGGGACGCCUCUCGGCCUCGAUCAACCGCGAAGCCAACAUCCCCUCUCGCAGAGAAUGGAGCGCUUAUCUCACCUGGUGCGCAGAGCGAUUGAGCCACCUGGUAAACUACGGCGAGGAGGUCGUGUGCAUCGAGCCCGUUGCCAAUUACGGCAGCUCGCCCUCGUGCGUCGACCACGCGCUCAGCAAGGCUCAGCCUGCCUCGACGGGCAACAGUGUAAGGCUGCUCCGCAUCACUUCCCGCCGUCAUGGCUCAGACGAGCUCGUGGUCCGUCUCGCCCGGAACAUCACCGUAGGCGUGGGUGGCAGCCCCUCCAUCCCUCACCAAUUCUCGCACAUCUACCCGAAGCAGCCCUGGGAGCAGGCUUCGCGCAUCGUCCACUCGGGCACCUUCCUCCCUUCCCUCAACGCAAUCGAGCCCGAGCUUGCCGCUGCCGUCGAGCAACGCCUGGGUCGAAGCUCGCCCGCCUCGAAGACGAACUGGCCAUUGCGCUUCGCUGUCAUCGGUGCCGGUCAAUCUUCAGCAGAGAUGCUCCUCCACCUGCGUCGCACCUUCCCCUCAGCACAUAUCCAGAUGAUCUUCCGCGCUUCAGCGAUUGUUCCCUCCGACGACUCGUCCUUCGUCAACUCGGCCGCCUUCGACCCGGAGCGCACCGAUGCAUUCUGGAAGGCAGGCGAGCAGGAGCGCGAGGCGUGGCGCACGGAAUUCAAGCGUACCAACUACUCGGUGGUGCGCAACGAUGUGUUGAACGAGUUGAGCGAGGUCAUGUACGAUCAGAAGAUCGAGUUGCCUGCCCUGUACCCGGGUAGCGAUGGGCCAGCGGAGGGGAGGGUGGAGAUUACGCCCAACACGUUCGUGGAGACGGCGGAUACUGUCAAGGUGGAUGGACUGGAGCAAGUCCGCCUCGUCAUCAAAUCUAUGAAGACAGCCGAGCCAGCCACCAUGCUCGAUUUCGAUGCUGUCUUCAUGGGUACUGGAUUCAUCCGCCGAGCAGACAGCCUCAACUUCCUUAGCCCCCUGCGCGACCACCUCCCCAUCCUCGAUGUUGAGAACGCUUCGAAGCGCCGCGCAGCACUCGGCUUCUCAGAUGAUGAUGAUACACGCACCAUGGCUGGAGAGGACGAAGCGGCCAAGGAGAUGGUUCGCGAGCGGGUACGCGGGAUCACUCGCGACUACCGCUUGGUGCCAUACUUGAGCGACUCCUUUACCCCCAAGGCACGGAGCUCAAGCCGUUCACCUUCAACCUCCGUUUCCCCGUCACGACAGCGCUCUGCGGCCUCGUCGCGCCGCAACAGCUCCACGUCGGACGAGACAUUGGCAAACAACGGCGGCGAGUUCGAGGACUCUGCUGCCGCUCGCCCGCGCUUCGAGCCCAACAUCUACUCCUUCGGCGGCAACGAGGCUACGCAUGGUCUCAGUGACAGCCUGUUGAGCAUCUGCGCAUGGAGGGCAGGGGAGGUCACGGACUCGCUACUGAAGCGCUUGCCGCUGCGACCUGCAGUUGAGGGCGAGGGCGAGGGUGAGAAGGACUCUGCAUUGGCAGAUGCUGAGGCCAAGACGGCUGGAAUUCUAGCCAUUUCUGGCGGCGAGGCAAGACGGGCUUCGACGAGCGUGGAGACGGCCAAGGCCAAGGCGCAGGCAGCGGCGGCAAAGGUGUUGCCGGCAUCGAUGGCGCAUCUCUCGAUUUAG